GCAUGUGUUUUAAGCUUUUGAUGACAGGGGCUGAUUUUUUCUGAAAACAAAAUCUCUUUGGUAAAUAUUUUGCAGGUCUCAUCAGAUGUAUUAUAUGUUUGGCUUCCUUUUCCUGGUUUUUAUCAUCCUUGUCAUUACCUGUUCUGAGGCCACCAUCCUCCUCUGCUACUUUCAUUUGUGUGCUGAGGAUUAUCACUGGCAGUGGCGUUCCUUCCUGACCAGUGGAUUUACAGCCAUCUAUUUCUUGGUUUACGCUAUCCAUUACUUCUUCUCUAAACUGCAGAUCAGUGGACUAGCCAGCACCAUUCUUUACUUUGGUUAUACCAUGAUUAUGGCUCUCAUCUUCUUCCUCUUCACAGGAACAAUUGGAUUCUUUGCCUGUUUUUGGUUUGUCACCAAGAUCUACAGUGUGGUCAAAGUGGAUUGAAUUAAAGAUUGGAUUACUGAACACUUUCCAAGAGGGAGAUCCCAAAGGGAGACUAAAUCUGUUGUCACAGUGACUGCUUUCAGUUAAAACUUUAAAUCAACACUACAAAUUCCAUUUACCUUGUUGUGUAUUUGUGCGUUAGUAGUGCAUUUUCAACUAUUUGAAGAAAUUAACACAUCAUAGUUUAACUGAAUACAGCAAAACGCAUGUUGGCCAUUGCAACUUCUAAAUAACUGUGUUUUGAAAUCGUGGCGUGUAAAUAUUUCUUUUGCAUAAAUCACAAAGAAACUAGCUCAAGUUUCUCAUUAAAUCAAAGAUUCCCAAUCUUUUCCCUUUAUAUACUAAGAAAAUAGAGAUUUAAAAAAACGAAGACUUCACCCUUUUACUGAAUUAAAGCGGCUGUGUGAAUUUUAUUUUAAGCCUGUUAAUACUAUACAAGUUUUUCUUGGGUAACAAUUGUGUAUAACCAGCUGGGGAAGGGGUUGUAUGUUUAACUUUUUAUUUGGUCAUAUUAUUGUCUUUUUCCCUCCAUGUAUUUGUUUUCUCAGUGUUUAUGUCUCAAAACAUUGUCUGCCUCAUGAGACAAUUUUUGUCUUGUUUGUGAACAUAAGUGGCCUGUACACAGGGGGUAAUAGGGUGAAAUAAUUUAAUUUGUUUAAAUGCAUACAUAUGCAUUAAAAGAGUUAAGUAGCUUUAUAGGCCACCAUGUUUUUUGAGCGAAGAUAUCUCAGAUUUUGAACUGGGACAAAAAAUACAAAUACAAACAUAAGAAAUAAACCUAAUUCUCCAAA